CAUUUCGAGAUAUGGUAACACUUAAGCACAAUGUGAUUUAAAAAACCAUAACAUUGUAUAUUUUAAAGUAAUAGAAAUCCGAACACAACUAGAAAAAUGAAAUAACCGUAGACAUAACUGAUAAGUGAAUAAUAAUGAUAUUAUUCAAAGGAAUUCGGCGGGUUCAAUCCCAGCUAAGAACGCCGGUUGAUUUGGUGCUCAUUCGGUACUCCACUGCAGCAACGAUAGCUUCCCAAGAUAACAGAGAUGUCAUCCCAGCGCCACCAAUAUCCCAGGCGGGAAAGGUCCAGCAUUUACCCGAUAGUCAAAUUACCUGGAUGCCUAGUCCGUACACCAUGCCCGGAAAAACUCUUAGCCAGUACAAGAAGCUAUCCAAGUUCCGGCUGACAUCGCUGGUGGUCAUUACAACAAUGGGCGGCUAUGCCAUGGCACCAGCCGCUUUCGAUCCCACAACGUUUGCAAUGUGCACCCUGGGCACUGGACUCGUUUCGGCUGCGGCGAAUGCCAUUAAUCAGUAUCACGAAGUUCCUUUCGACUCGCAGAUGUCGAGGACGAAGAAUCGGGUGCUCGUCACGGGGCAAAUGACACCACUGCAUGCCGUCACCUUCGCCGCGGUGUCGGCAACUGCCGGCUUAAGUAUGCUGUAUUUCGGAGUGAAUGGUUUGACGGCGGCGCUGGGAGCGGGUAACCUGUUCCUCUACACAACGAUAUACACGCCGAUGAAGCGUAUCAGCAUAGUCAACACCUGGGUGGGAUCGAUAGUGGGCGCCAUUCCUCCGCUGAUGGGAUGGGCUGGUUGUGCCGGCACCCUGGACGCCGGCGCCAUGAUCCUAGCCGGGGUGCUGUACGCGUGGCAGUUCCCGCACUUCAACGCUCUGUCGUGGAAUCUUCGGCCGGAUUACUCCCGUGCCGGCUACCGAAUGAUGGCCGUUACCAAUCCGGGACUUUGUCGCCGCACCGCGCUGCGAUAUUCGGUGGCUAUUGCCGGACUUUCAGCGAUGGCACCCGUACUGGACGUCACGAACUAUUGGUUUGCUUUGGAAACACUACCUCUGAACGCGUACUUCGCCUACCUUGCGUACAAGUUUUAUGAAAAGUCAGAUAGUGGGAGCUCGCGGAAGCUGUUCCGAUUUUCACUGAUACACCUGCCCGCCCUGAUGCUGCUAUUUUUGGCCAAUAAGAAGGAAUGGUAUUUCAGCAAACCCGCCGGUGAGGAGAACAAAAAGGAGUCCACGUACAGUGCGAUAAAGCAUUCUGCUAGCAGUCUUGGUAAUGUCCUGCCCGUCGCCGUAGCCGAAGGACCCAGAUAGAAAUAUUAACAUUGAUUUGAUAAAAUGUUAAGUAUCGUGUGAAGUUUAAAUAUACUUAGUGUUCUGCAACUUGUAAAAAAAAAGUCAUUUAAUAUUAAGGAAACACGUACCUCUGUGCGGCAAAUAUAUGUUGCGACUAAUAAAUGACACGACAUCCUUGAAAAAUAUGCGGUGUAACCAAA